CUAGUCUAGUGCACUUCGGCACCCGCCUAUUCACCCAAGCACAACAGAGGAGACCAAAAUCGAAGACGGGGGGUGCGAGGGCAUCGCAUCUUACUGUAUCCGCUCGCAUCGCAGUCAGGUCGGGUCGGUAGAGUAUAGUACAGUACAGCACAAUUCACCCGGGGUGCGCGCCAACACUACUUACUACCUUCAGGUCUAGCUGCUACCAUCAUCCACACGCCCCGCGCCGCAACGACCGAAGGUGCCCCCCAAUUUCGACGGCAGAUCCGGAAGCCAGCCAGACCGUUGGAAUUCUUUUGUUGACUAAACUUACUGCUCCCAUACCCCCAAGUCGCACAACACAUGCGUACAUUUUACCCUUGAUACCUGCCGUACGUACCUUGCAUAUCUCAUCUUGGGUACAUAUGGAUUCGGAGGUAAAACCGUCCAUUAUCGCUCCACUUGGAUCUGGGUCUGGUCUCGAGGGGACCGGAUCUGGCGAAAGAGACACAGGUGACGUCGUUGUUAAGCGGAGAGCCCCCAUUGCUUGCAAAAGAUGUCGCCGUAUGAGGAGCAAAUGCAUUCAUGACAAGAAACCUCCGUGCAAAUCUUGCAAAGACGCCGGUCUCGGCGCUGACUUGUGUAUAUUUCCUGUACGAGGACAACCCGACAAAGACCGCGAGUACCGCCACCCGCGCACCAAGGCUGAGAAGAGUGCUAUCCGCGCCAAUGUCCGGUCCCGUAGCGGGGCCGACUCUUCGCUAGCCUUGGUCCCUCCAUCCUCGGCAUCUGGACAUGUCGUCCUCGGCAGGCAGCUUUCAUCCCCCGAAGAUGAUGAUCCGUGGCAGAUACUUCCGGAUCUGCCGGAGAUAAUGGAUGCUGUCACUAGUUUUGUCCGCCACUACUUCCAGCUUGGCUUUAUCCCCAAGCAGAUGUUCAUGGAGCGACUGAGGACGGAUCACCGGUCUAUCAGUCCCUUUCUCCUACUGGGAAUAAUUAGCAUAUCAGCCCGCUUCACGCCCUCAUUGGUCAAACAGUACCGUACUGGCGUCGAAGCCUCCGAGGCAUACAUAGCAAGUGCGUCUCGGCUUGCUCUGAAGCUGCUGUACGACAAACCCUCAUUGCAAACAUGUCAGGGCUUCUACCUCCUGAGCAUUGCUCAACAGGGCAGCGGGCUGAAAAACGCCAGCUUUCUGAACCUCGGAAUUGCCAUGCGCAUGGCUGCUCUCAUGCAACUUCACCGUGAGGAUACCUACCACUGUGAGAACCCAACAAAGGAGUGGGUUGUCAAUGCAGAGUCUGCUCGGCGAACCCUGUGGAUGUUGCACAGCCAGGAUAACCUGCAUUCGGGGCCCUCGUCACCGGUUUCCAUGGCAACAAGUGACAUUACUGCGCUUUUGCCCUGCAAUGAAGAGGAUUUUGCGAAUGGCUGCGUGCCCAAGGCGAGAGCAGCGCUGGCCGACACCCCUCCCGCAAAGGCAAACCCGAGUUUAACAACGCACAAAUCACGGUCAUUGUUUGCCAGUCUCAUCCAGGCGCAUUAUUUCUGGGGCAAAAUUUCCCGCAGAGCUGUAUCUCAGGAUAACGAGUCGUCCCCCUGGCAUGAAGAUAGUGACUAUGCCAAAAGGGUGAGGGAGCUCAAUGCCUGGGAGGAAAGCCUACCCGAUGACCAUCAGUUUAGCUGCAUGCUACUAAAAGGCUACAAAGUGGACGGCCUAGAUCUAGCAUACCUGGCUGUCACAAUGGUGGUGCGACUCUGCAACAUUGUUCUGCGAAAGCCCUACAUGCACAUGAUGCUCCCCUGCAAAAGCGAUAACAAUCGGUCGCAAUUCUGGUCCACAAUGUCGAUGGAGCUAUUUACGAAUGUCCAGCUCCUGUAUGACCAAAUCGAUGCGAAGUUCAAGGAUCGAGGUCCGAAUGACGGAACCGGUGCACAGAUUAUGGCAUUCUGUAUAUACAGUUGCGGAAUCUUAUCCGCGCACCUUUGUAAAAACCCCAACAUUUGCCCUAAUCCCAUGAUCGCCAAGAUGGCACCUACUAUGCUAUCACGGUGCCUGGAUAUCCUUGUCGAAAGCCAGGCAACCUGGCCUUUGGCCACUAACUGGCGCAUCGGACUGGAGAGCUUCGCUUGUGGUCAGAAAGGCUCUACAAGCAAGGACGGCACCAUGGCCGAUGGAAAAGAUCCGGUUCCCCAGCCUUUGCAACACAUUAGCGCAUCGUCAUCACCCGUUGAAAAGAAGCCCUUUCGACCAGAAGACACGAGACCGACACUCACCCAAGGUCAUGCGCCACAGAAGGAUCCCCACCACGAGCUUCACCCGAUGCCGAACACUUACAUUGAGCCAGCUUCGAGAUUCACUGCAAUCAACGCACAACCUCCUCACUUCCCAAGUCAGCACCAACAGCCGCAACACCAUCAACACAGCCACGAUCACCAACAACAGCAUCAUCCACAACAUCACCACCACCAACACCGACCUAUGCAAGAGCAUCAUGCGCAUCACUUGUCUCAGCAACAGCAGCAGCAAAUUCCACCACAGCACCACCAUGUCGAAGGCACGCGGGAGUCUCAUCCUAACGGUAUAAACCUUCUUCUCGAAGUCCUCGAGACGCACCCAAACCCCAUAGGCGGUGCUGGAGGACCCACAGCCUCGGCAUCCGUCAGCCACUUCGCGGGCAUGGGCAGUGCGCCCCCUCACCACCAUCCGCAGCACGAUAUGGCCUACUACUCGCACGCCGAUGGUUACACGGACUCGCUAAUGUCCUAUAUCAGCGAGAAUCAGGCCCACGCAUGGGUCCCGCCGGGCGGUCUUUACAGUUAUGUUCAUGUCAGUGAGGGUAUGUAAGCCAAGCUAGGAUUAUUUUUUCCAGUUAUUGGCGAAGAAGUCGGUUUAUUUCCGUCCUGACGGCGAGCUGUAUUUUUUUUCACCAUGGCAACAGGGCCUGGAGAAUUGCGCGCCAUACAUGCAGGACCAUAGUCUGUGCCGUAUAUUGCUUUCCUCUUCAGGCAUCGUCGAGGUAAACUUUUGGUUCCCAGUAGGUCAAGAUUCACUCAAGGCGCGUCGGCUGUUUUCACGAAAUUGGGGGUUGUGUUUAGAGUACCCAAAAAGUUUUACUCGCAUAUAGACUUGUUGGGCCAUGUAACAUGCGUGUGUACCCUCGCUGGCCUUGAUUUUUUAUUGGGCAUUUUUUUCCCCCACAGAACACGGGUGUGGAAUCAUAUAAUAUCAUCACAAUUCAGGUUCGCCG